UGUUGGCUCAACCUUCAGAACGUUUGCCAUGGCGGUGCCAGUGCUAGAAGCAGAGGUUGCAGUGCAGCUGGAAGCUGGCUUGGGGGAAGGAUCGAUCUGGGACAGUCGUUCCAAGAAGCUGAUUUGGCUCGAUAUUUUGGGUGUGAAGCUCUUCCGUUUCGACCCCAGCAGCGGCCAGAACGAGGUCUUCGAGCUUUCCGGCUUCUCCACGUCAGUGAGCUCCGUGGUGCCGAUCUCCAGCGAGGUGGACCCAGAGGGUGACACGGUCGGGGUGACCCUUCGUGAGGGCUUUGCCAUCUACAACUUCCGCACUCGAGGCCUCCAUAAGCUGGGCAACGACCCGCCCAUCAAACACGGAGAGCGUUUCAAUGAUGGGAAGGUGGAUCCUCGUGGAUGCUAUUGGGCUGGAACCUUGGCGCGGGAUGAGUCCUCUGAGAUUAUCUCUGGAGCAGCCACCCUGUACUGCCGAGAUCUCGAUGGCUCGGUGAAAGCCGUGCUCACAGAUCUCAGCAUCUCGAAUGGUUUGGUUUGGACCACGGACGCUCGGAGCAUGUAUUUCAUUGAUACGCCAUCCGCUCAGAUUGAUCGCUUGGAUUUCGACCCCAGCUCUGGCACCCUUUCAAAUCGACGACCAGUCGUGAAGGGCUUUGACUUCGAGACCACUGGAUUUCCAGAUGGGUGUGCCAUUGACCAGGAGGACAGGCUCUGGGUGGCACGUUUCAAUGGCGGCUGCUGUGGUUAUUACGACCCAAAGAGUGGCAAGCUGCUAGCAGAAGUACGCGUACCUGCAGAGGCCGGAAAACAGGUGACCUCUGUGGCCUUCGGUGGCAGUGAAAUGCGAGAUCUAUACCUCACCACAGGACGAGAAGGCUUUGAUGAGGCCAAGGCCAAGCAAUAUCCUCUGGCAGGGUCCUUGUUUGUUGUCCCGGCUGUGAAGUUGGCUCAUAUCAGCGGCGGUGUGGCGGGACAGGUGCCCAACCAAUUGAAGCUCUCUUGAGGUUGCCUGUGUGGUAGUGCAACCCAGGCCACAAGAUUUUGAUUCGAUCUUUUGAACGUCAGUUGGCCAGUUGGCUAAAAGCCCCAUGUUUGUUGGCUUGGAGCUCGGCCAGAUACAGGCUGAGCUUUCUUCAAGUGAAAAGGCUAAAUUUCAAACAGCCCUGUAGAUGUCUAAGCCUAAGCAAUGCUUUUUAAAGGAGCACGUGCAGAUGAUUGUAGGAACAUUGAGUUGGUUGAAGACUUUGAUAAGUCAGGCUGCAGCGAGGCAGAUAA